CAAUUCUCUUUCACCUUUAAAUCUCCGACACGUCUCCUCCUAACCCCACACUCGUGCCGCUUUCUCCGUCUCCUCACGUGCGACCACGUCCUCCUCCAUUUAUAUUUCUAUACAAACUCCCUCUCUUCCUUCAUACCCCUCUCACUCUGUCCCUCCUUCUCUGUCUCUCUCAAGGCUUCAAUCUUUUGUUUCUGCAAUGGCUUCUGCAACUCACCUUUUGACAGAUGAGCUUGACAUUGUCAUCCCCACCAUCAGAAACCUCGACUUCCUCGAGAUGUGGAGGCCAUUCCUUCAGCCCUACCACCUCAUCAUCGUCCAAGAUGGUGACCCAUCAAAGACCAUCAAGGUCCCUGAUGGCUUUGACUAUGAGCUCUACAAUCGUAACGACAUUAACAGGAUUCUGGGUCCUAGGUCCUCCUGCAUUUCCUUCAAGGACUCUGCCUGCCGCUGCUUCGGCUACAUGGUCUCCAAGAAGAAGUACAUCUUCACUAUUGACGAUGACUGCUUCGUUGCACAAGACCCAGCUGGCAAACCCGUCAAUGCACUGGAGCAGCACAUCAAGAACCUUCUUUCACCAUCCACCCCCUUUUUCUUCAACACUCUGUAUGAUCCUUACAGGGAUGGCGCUGAUUUCGUUCGUGGAUACCCUUUCAGUCUCCGGGAGGGUGUCCCAACUGCUGUUUCUCAUGGUCUGUGGCUAAACAUCCCAGAUUAUGAUGCACCUACACAGCUUGUGAAGCCUCUUGAGAGGAACACCAGGUUUGUGGAUGCUGUUCUGACAAUUCCAAAGGGUACCUUGUUCCCCAUGUGUGGUAUGAAUUUGGGUUUCGACCGUGACCUCAUUGGCCCUGCAAUGUACUUCGGGCUCAUGGGUGAUGGUCAGCCAAUUGGACGCUACGACGAUAUGUGGGCUGGCUGGUGCAUCAAGGUGAUAUGUGACCACUUGGGACUGGGAGUGAAGACAGGCCUGCCUUAUAUCUAUCACAGCAAAGCCAGCAACCCAUUUGUGAACCUGAGGAAGGAGUACAAAGGCAUCUUCUGGCAGGAAGAGAUCAUCCCAUUCUUCCAAGCUGCGGUUCUUCCCAAAGACUGCACCACUGUUCAAGCUUGCUAUGUUGAACUGUCCAAGCAGGUCAAGGAAAAGCUCGGCAAGGUGGAUCCCUACUUCGACAAGCUUGCCGAAGCCAUGGUCACAUGGAUUGAAGCUUGGGAUGAGCUUAACCCAACUGGACCUGGUGCCAAACUGGCCAACGGCAAGGCUAAUUAAAACAAGAACUUAAACAAAGUUGAAUAUUCAACUGCAAUUUGCUCUUAUAUUUACUGUACUUUCUUGGAGCUGUCAUUAGUUUAGUCACUGUAUCUUUUUUAUCCUCCUGAGCCAUUUUGGUCAUCGCUUUGAUUUGCAUAUCGGCAGAUGUAAUUUUAUUUAUUUACUUUGUCCAAUGAGCUUAGUGCAAUAAAAUAUGUAGUUCAUUUAGCAUUUUAAUCCAAGGAUAAACGUUUGCCUCAUAAAUAAUUGGCAGAUAAA